AUGGGCAGAUUGAACAAUGCAGAAUUUAUAUCGAAAGUGGAGGCUAUACUAGCGUCCAAUGAGGGCAAGAGCUCUGUCUACUUCACACAGAAAAGAUUGUCGACGCCGUUAGAAAAGGAAUCCAUUGAUCUGGUUAAAGACCUUUCCUCCAACGUCGUGGAACACCCUACAGCAUACCCCACCAACACACAGAGUUACCCAGUGCUCAUUCGUGCCACAUUGGGAAAGAAAGAUUCCAAGAUAUCGACUGUGGUGGAGCCAGCCAACUUGGAUGCAUUCUGGCUGGAAUACGCCCAGGUGCUCAAAACAGGUUUCGUCGGCUUGAAGAAGAAGGAGAAGAAGAAGGCAAAGAAAAGCAAGGUCACAAAACCUUAG